CCUUUCAUUUCUUAAGAGCUUCUUCUUCUUCUUCUUCUUCUUUCUUCUUCUUUGUCUUCUCCGUUUUGGUGGUGAGCUGAUGAACAGAGCGAUGGAGCUCCAAACCAGCAACAAUGGCGGUGAAAAUUUGGAUUCAGGUAUCAAAACGGAGCUUCAAGAAACCUUUAAUGGUGGAACUUAUGGUGCUCAUGAGCCACAGUCUGUUUUUGAAGACGUUGAUAGUGCCUGUUCCACUCCUUAUGUUAGUGCUCCUUCGAGUCCCGGACGUGGCCCUGUUGGUGGAUUCUAUUACAGUGCUCCGGCUAGUCCAAUGCAUUUUGCUAUAACUAAGUCAUCGAACUCUUCCUCUCAGUUUCCGUCGUCGAAGGACAGUCAUUCGUUUUCGUUCGAGUUUGAGUUUUCUGGGAGGUUUGGGUCUAAUGGGUCGGGUUCAGUAGGGUCUAUGAGCUCAGCGGAUGAGUUGUUUUUGAACGGGAAGAUCAGGCCGAUGAAACUCUCGACUCACUUGGAGCAGCCGCAGGUUUUGGCGCCAUUGUUGGAUCUGGAAGGAGAAGAUGAAGAUGAUGAAGGGGGUGAAAUUGUUGGGUAUGUAAGAGGGAGAGAUCUGCGACUUCGGGAUAAAUCUCUCCGGCGAAGAACCAGAUCUAUGUCGCCGUUGAGAAAUACGCCGGUGGAAUGGACUGAAAAUGACGAUGAGGAUUUGAAUGCUGAUGGGUUUCUUGAAAACGAUUCCGGAGAAGGGAAAACGGUGAAGAAGAUUGAAGAAGAAGGGUUUAUGAGUUCAGAAACGACGACUCCUUCAGUUUCAGCUUCGUCGUCAAGAUCUUCAUCAGCAGGAAGAAACUCGAAGAGAUGGGUUUUCUUGAAGGAUUUUCUAUACAGAAGCAAAAGUGAAGGAAGAAGCAGUAAUCACAAAUUCUGGUCCAACAUUUCUUUUUCUUCAGCAAAAGAGAAAAAACCAACAGCAUCCACUUCCACUUCUUCUUCCACUUCAUCUUCAACGAAGCAAAAAGCUAUGAAACCAUCAGCACAGAAGGUGAAAGGGGGAAGUGGGCAAGUUCCAGCGAAGAAGCCGGCGACCGGAAAACCUACGAACGGUGUCGGGAAACGGCGCAUUCCGCCGUCGCCUCAUGAGCUGCACUACACUAAAAACAGAGCACAAGCAGAGGAGUUGAGGAAGAAGACAUUCUUGCCUUACAGACAAGGCUUGCUUGGCUGCUUGGGGUUCAGCUCAAAGGGCUAUGGAGCUAUGAAUGGCUUUGCAAGAGCCUUGAACUCUGUCUCUUCCAGGUAAAGAAAAAAUAUGAAAAAAGAAAAAAAGAAAAAAAAGAAAGAUAAAUAAGAUCAAUCAGAUAUAGCUAGCUUUUUUCAUUUCAAAGGAAAUUGUAUAGCAAGUUUUCCUUUUUCUUUUCCUCAAACUUUCUCUAUGCUAAGAUGAUGAUUAUAUUAAUGUAUUCUUGUUAUUGAUUUGAUCCUCUUUUUUCCAUCCAAGAGAUCUUAGUUUCUGAGACCCAAUCUCUAAGAGGGUCUUUGUAGAAUCUAGAAAUUAAUGGGGUGUUCCUUUUUUAACUCCCCAGUAUGGCUUUUGUGUUAAGUUACUGUUCAUUUCAGCAUUGUAAUAUAUACCCAUUUUCUCCAUGAAUCUGUGUCUUAGAUGAGCCUCCUUAAGCUUGUUUAAGUUUAUGAUAAUGGAAGUAAGAAGAAGUUCACUUGUGCUAA